CUCGCUGUGAAACUGUAAACCGAAGAGGGGAGUGAGGAUAAGGAUAGAAGACGGAAAUACACUUGCAACAGCACCGGCACGGCAAUCUUCUUCCUCUGCCCCUGCUUUACCUGCCUCCAUCUCUCUUCCAGAGCACUGCAAGGCUCGAACGCCGGCGUUCCGUUCACCGCUCUCUCCACUACAGUGAUCAGUACGCCCUCACUGACCUUGACCACACCCCUCACCCGCUGCCGCUGCUCAAUCAUCUCUUCGCCGAUGAAGCCCACCAAAUACUGAUGCCACUGGCCUCAUGUAAUUACUCCCUCUCUCGCUAUUGGUUAUGUCAGGCCCGUGUAAAGUUUCGCCUCCAGUUUUGGAAUGCGCAUGACUUUUUCUUUUGGCUAGUUGUUACUAUGCUGCCCUGAAUUGACGAAUUCAAUUAACUAUUUUGUCCUAGUUGUGAGAUGCAGAGUUAUCCACUAUCGGUUGAGCCUCUCUAGCCUGAACUUACCUACUGUAUCACCAAGUAUAUCAUAUAAUCCAACAUGUUAAACCCCAAACGUGUUCCAAACAUGCCAUGGGAGGAGAUAGUAUCUUUUAUUUUUAGUCUAAAGUCUGAUCUAGUGGUCUAUGGCCUAUAUGCCAGUCCAUCAAUGCAGAUAAUAUGGCAGCGGAAGCUAGCAGGUCGUUUUAGGAGCAGGGAUGGCAAUGGAGAUUGCCUUUCUUUGCCGGAAAAGUUGAGUAGGAAGAGGAUGUCUCGGCAACUUGAAGGGCUUUCACAUGAAAUGGUUGUUAAUGGUUUUCUGCCUACAAUGCCUACCCUCUGUGCGUUAAUGCUUUAUUAUGCAGAUAAUGGCCUCUUUCCUCAAGCACAGACUAUAUGGGACCAGCUCAUAAAUAGUUCUUUUGUGCCUAGCCUUCAAUUAAUUUCAAAAUUAUUUGAUGCCUAUGGGAAACAUGGGCAUUUUGAUGAAGUGAUGAAAAUACUGCGAUACAUGAAUUCAAGGAAUUUUGAUAUUCUACCAGAUAUUUACUCAUUGGCUGUCACUUGCUUGGGAAGAGGAGGGCAACUGAAACUGAUGGAGGACAUAUUGAAGGAGAUGGUUUCAAGGGGCUUCCGUGUUGAUUCUUUGACCGGUAAUACAUUUCUUAAGUAUUAUAGUAUUUUUGGCUCUUUGGAAGAGAUGGAAAAUGCAUAUGGCCGCCUCAAGAGAUCCAGAAUUUUAAUAGAGAAGGAAGCAAUUAGGUCAAUGGCCUUGGCAUACAUGAAGGAGUACAAGUUCUAUGAAUUGGGUGAGUUCGUGAGGGAUGUUGGUCUUGGCAGGAAAAAUGAGGGGAACCUUUUAUGGAACCUUCUGUUACUUUCUUAUGCUGCUAAUUUUAAAAUGAAAAGCUUGCAGAGAGAAUUUUUGAGAAUGGUUGAAGCUGGAUUCUGCCCUGAUGUGACAACUUUUAAUAUUCGUGCUCUGGCCUUUUCAAGAAUGCAAUUAUUCUGGGACCUCCACCUUAGUAUUGAACAUAUGAUGCAUGAAAACGUGGUUCCUGAUCUAGUGACUUAUGGCUGUGUUGUUGAUGCAUACUUGGAUAGAAGGAUUGGAAAAAACUUGGACUUUGCUCUGAAUAAGAUGAACCCAGGUGAUUACCCACAAGUAUCAACAGAUCCAUUUGUGUUUGAGGCCUUGGGUAAAGGAGACUUUCACUUGAGCUCUGAAGCAUUUUUGGAAUUCAAGACACAAACGCAGUGGACUUACAGGGAUCUGAUAUUAAGAUAUCUUAGGAAACACUAUCGAAGAAAUCAGAUAUUUUGGAACUACUGACUAAUCACCAAAAUGAUUGUACUUAUUAGAAUUAAAUAUGCUAAAAGUUGUCCUUGUUGAUUAUAGAAGUACAAAGAUCUUUCUUUCUUUUUUUUCGGUAUUCGUUUUUCCCCCCAAAUCAAACACUGUAAGUCAUCUGUAAAUUAAACUAAAUAAUAUCAUCAGCAUUCAAAAGGUUAA